AUGGCCACCACUUCAAGCCCAGAUAUGACGACAGAGGCCCCUGGCACUCCUGAGAUGUCAGAGCGCCUGAGAAAUCCUGCAGACAUCUCUGUCAUUGUCAUAUACUUCAUUGUGUUGAUGAUUGUUGGAAUAUGGUCCAUGCUGAAAACGAACCGGGGUACUGUUGGAGGUUUCUUCCUGGCUGGUCGAGAUAUGUCCUGGUGGCCGAUGGGUGCCUCUCUCUUUGCCAGUAACAUUGGCAGUGGCCAUUUUGUGGGCCUGGCUGGAACAGGAGCAGCUACAGGAAUUGCCACUGUCACAUUUGAGUGGAAUUCUGUGUUUCUGUUGCUGAUUCUAGGGUGGUUCUUUGUCCCCAUAUACAUCAAGUCAGGGGUGAUGACCAUGCCAGAGUAUCUGAAGAAGCGGUUUGGUGGAAAGCGGCUCCAGGUUUACCUUUCUGUCCUAACCCUCUUCAUCUGUGUGGCUCUGAGAAUUUCAUCUGAUAUAUUUUCUGGAGCCAUAUUCAUCAAGCUGGCCUUAGGAUUGAAUCUUUACGUGGCAAUUCUCAUCCUCUUGGCUAUCACUGCUGUUUACACAGUCACCGGUGGUUUGGCUUCAGUUAUUUACACAGAUGCUCUCCAGACCGUCAUCAUGCUCGUAGGUUCUUUUAUUCUCAUGGGAUUUGCAUUUGCUGAAGUUGGAGGUUAUGAGCAAUUUAUGGAGAAGUACAUGAAUGCCAUCCCAUCGGUAGUAGAGGGGGACAACCUGACCAUCAGUUCCAAGUGCUAUACACCUCAACCAGACUCCUUCCACAUUUUCCGAGAUCCCAUCACUGGAGAUAUCCCAUGGCCAGGAAUUGUAUUUGGAAAUAUCCCCGUAGCUAUGUGGUACUGGUGCGCAGAUCAGGUUAUUGUACAGCGCUGCCUUUCGGGCAAGGACAUGUCUCACGUGAAGGGUGCCUGCAUCAUGUGCGGUUACCUCAAGCUACUGCCCUUGUUCUUCAUGGUAAUGCCAGGGAUGAUUAGUCGCAUCCUCUAUACAGAUAAGGUGGCCUGUGUUGUACCUUCUGAAUGUAUGAAACACUGUGGCAAUGAAGUUGGCUGCACUAAUUAUGCCUACCCCAUACUGGUUAUGGAACUGAUGCCUAACGGACUUCGAGGUUUGAUGAUGUCAGUCAUGUUGGCCUCUCUCAUUAGUUCCCUGACCUCCAUCUUCAAUAGUGCCAGCACCGUUUUCACCAUGGACCUCUACACCAAAGUGAGGAAACAGGCAUCAGAGAAAGAACUCCUUAUAGCUGGACGGCUAUUUAUUGUUGUGUUAAUCAUCAUCAGUAUUCUGUGGGUUCCUUUGGUAGAGGUUUCUAACAAUGGGCAACUGAUCCAUUACGUAGAAUCAAUUUCUAGCUACCUUGGACCUCCAAUUGCAACUGUCUAUCUGCUUGCCAUUGUAUGUAAAAGAGUCAAUGAACAGGGAGCCUUCUGGGGUCUAAUGAUUGGAUUUGUGAUAGGCCUUAUUCGUAUGAUUAUGGAGUUUGCCUACGGAACAGGGAGUUGUUUAGCUCCAAGUAACUGCCCCAAGAUUAUUUGUGGAGUGCACUAUCUCUAUUUUGCUAUGAUCCUCUCUUUCAUUACCGCAGUGAUCGUCCUCGGAAUUUCCCUGUUAACGAAACCCAUCCCUGAUGUCCAUUUGUAUCGUCUUUGCUGGGCUCUUCGGAACAGUACAGAGAAACGAAUUGACUUAGAUGCAGAUGAGAAAAUACAGGAAGAGGACGAGGAUGACUAUGAAGAUAAUUCUGAGGAAACUCGUGGCUGUUGCAGGCAGGCUUGUGACUUAUUCUGUGGUCUGCCAAAAAAAGGUCCCAAGCUGACCGAAGAGGAAAAAGAAGCUCAGAUGAAGAAGUUGACAGACACAUCAGAGAAGCCCUUUUGGAAGAGAGUAGUGAACGUUAAUGCCAUCCUCCUCCUAGCGGUGGCAGUCUUUUUCCAUGGAUAUUAUGCAUAA